GUGCAGCUGGUCUUUAUUUAGAUAUUUUUCAGAAAAUGUGCUAAAGUAUUAAUUACAAAGUUUCAUUUGAAUAGAUCUACAUUUGUCCUAAUAAGUAUUAUCAUAAAGUUAAGUCUAAAGUCGUUAGAAAUGUCGCUAGACAUAUUUACCACGGAGUAAACACCAAUACAAACAAUAUUAAAGGUAAUAAUGAUGGCUGAUCAUUUUUUAAACGUCCUAUUUAUAUUUGUCUGCAUGAUCUACACAAAUAAUCUAUACAGAGUUAGUCUGAUGCAAUUGAUUUUAUUGUAGCAUUAUAAAUCACUUAUCACUGAUUUGGUACAUUAUGUUUGUUUAAAUAAUUGAUGUCGUUAGCUUUCGCUAACUGGGGUCAGCAGUUGUCGUAGUUAUUUGCAUUACGAUUAGCAGGCCACUCGCAAUCUCUUCGGUUCACAGCCGCAGCCAGCUGCGCAGCAACUUUUCAAAGCUGCGCUGGGCUGCGCAGGAUCUGCACAGAUUUCUGUGGGUGGAGUUGUGUGACGUCACGCAGCAGCUCUCGAAGAACGCGCAUCUCUGCGAUAAUGUCUAAUGUCACACGUAUAUUUUUUUUGAUGGAAAACUGCAAAGCGGUACGUAAUUCAAUAUAUUAACGCAGCACUAUUCAGGUUUCAUUCGACUUUCUAAAGCACACAUUAUUUACGGAACAAUUAUUGCCCUCCAAAGCGACCUCGUCCUCUUGCGUUGGCCCUUUGAAUACAAACUCGUCAUUCUUGUGCGCCUGUUCUGGUUUUGCUGGGGUGGGUGUUUGUACCGGCGUGUUAAACUGCGUGGUAAAAUCAUUUGCUGUUUGCGAUAUAUUCGUUUCAUGUCUACCUCACUUAUUUGAAAACAAUGAACCGGAUUUUAAACUCGAAAUGGCUCGUCUCUGGAGUGUCCUUGGCCGUAGGAACAGGGGUAGGCGCCGGCUUAAUGGGUUUAAAACAAGCCAACGAGAGCCCUAUUCGUGAACCAUUAAGCGAAAUCUAUAAAAAAAUCCCAAUUCUCCCGAUUCCGAAUGUGGACGCAGCAACGGACCUUACCAAGUACCACACGGGUCAGCUCGGAACUGCAAGAGCCACGGAAAUGAUGAAGUACGGGUUUCCAGCCCUGACUCAUGUUAAGAACAGAGAAUCCUAUGUUUUGUCUUAUGAUCCCAGGAACAGGACUGCGCAUUGGGUGAUAGAACAACUGAACAUCCAAAACCUUACAGGAGACUCCGAUCGAAAGUGCAGCGAGUUUAAAGAGGACGAUUCGGUCCACGUUUAUCACCGGUCCACGAACUGGGACUAUAAAGGCAGUGGGUUCGAUAGGGGCCACCUAGCGGCGGCCGCAAACCACAAGUGGAGCCAGAAAGCGAUGGACGAAACGUUCUAUCUCAGUAACACAGCACCGCAGAAUCCUCAUUUGAAUCAAAAGGCGUGGACCGCCUUAGAGAAGCACUGCCGAAGCCUCACCAGGCACUGCCAGAAUGUGUUUGUGUGCACUGGCCCUCUUUAUUUGCCCAGGGCGGAGGCGGACGGUAAAAUGUACGUCAAGUAUCAGGUGAUCGGGAAGAACAACGUGGCGGUGCCAACUCACUUCUUCAAGGUGGUGAUCCUGGAGAAGCGGAGCGGCGAGGUGGAGCUGCGGUCCUACGUGAUGCCCAACGCCCCGGUGGAUGAGAAGACUCCGCUGGAGCGCUUCCUUGUGCCGGUCGAGAGAGAGAGAGCCUCCGGUCUGCUGUUCGUGCCCAACAUCAUGAAGCGGACCAGCAGCCUCCGUGCCAUCACCGCAGGGGGGAAAUGAGCAGGCAGGACACCACAUUAUUUCAACCUUUCAUGCAACUACAUUAGGGAAGAGUAUCAGAAAUUAACUUGAGUCCUAUGAAUGCCAUCUUGAAACAAUGUCGUCUUUGUCACGGCGUUUGAACGACAUACUGGAAGAUGGCACUCGAAUUUAAGAAGAGAAAUGAGUAAACAGUUGCUCAUUGCAAAAUUCCCAUCUUUGCCCUUUACCGAUCUGCACGAAGUAGAAAGUCACUGAUCUUUUUAAUGUGAAAUUGCAUUGUAGUUGUUUCUUGAUAAUGAAUGGGCGAUCUACUGUUAUUGUAUUACUGGGUCAGUCUCCAAUACCUGGUACCAAAAAUGGCAACACAGUCAGCAUUUAAAAAUGACUUCACUGCAUGCAUUUCUUUAGUUAUCAACUGUGCCAGGUAUGAAUUUAUAUAACAGAAAAAAGCCAUUUUCAAUUGACAGUUUUAUUCAGUGACCAGCCUGCUGUUCUCCAUCUUCAUUGUAGUGAACAGGACGUUUCAAAUCUAUCAAAGUAACAAUGGUGGAAACCAAUGUGAAAAAUGCUCAGGUAAAACAGAUUCCCGCUUUGCGAAAAGACUGAAGACACCUUAAAAAAGAACAAGUGGUGCUUGUGGUAAAACACUGGAGUACAGUAAUCACUGUAUGGAAAGUAUGUGCACUUUCAGCACAGGCUGCUGUUCGUAUGUUACCUGUCCUGAUAUUGACUCCACGCUGGAGUAGGUAGUUAAAAUGCUUAUUUUGGAUUUGAGUGUCUUAUAUUUGAUAAGUACACCAAAUGUAACAUGUGAAAGCUGCAUUUUGAGGAUCACUCAUUUCAACAAGCAAGAAAAAAAACACCAAGGGUAUUUAAUGUUUUUUAAAUUAUUUAUUCAGUAAAAUAACAUAUUGAAAAUGUAUACAACAAAAUGAGUUUCUUAAUUCAAGGUCUAUAAACUGCACCACUCAUUUUCAUGACAUGUACACUGUCAAGAUUCUUAAAUAUGUCAAGUAAAAAUAAUGCACUUUUUUGUGUGUGUAAUGUACAAAAUGAUUUGAAAAUAUUAAUAAGGUUUCAUAAUAAAGAUCAACUUGAAUAAAUGUGAGUGCUUAUCAGUACCAAGUAUUGGAGACUGACCCUACUGUAUAAAAGAUAACUUUUUAAACAUAUGUAAUUACUUGUAUUCCUAUAAUUUCUCUGACUUAAUUUAAACAUGUUAUAAAUAUUGUUGUAAAACAUCAUGUUAGGUUUUUUUUUUUUUUUUUUUAAGCACAGUGUCUGAGCCAAUGAGAUCGUAUA